AUGCCUCUCGUUGUAAGCAGCAACCUGGGAAUCCUCAACCCUGCGUCGGGUUCCAGGUCGACCGACACCUUUCGACAUUUCAAUCAGCUCCCUCCUGAGGUUCGCCAGAUCAUUUGGGAGCUUGAACUCAAACAUGAGCGUCUCCUGCAUGUCGAGACUCAUUUCCUCGAGACUUCGCCGGAUGACCCUGGCAUUGAGAGCGCCGAAUGCCUUGGGAGGGCAUACAAAAUCAUCUUGACUGAGUUCCGGCCGAUAAGCAAACUUGCCCGUGUCAAUUCCGAAUCCCGGGCCGUCGCAUCUCGCUUCUACAGGGUUCAACUGCCUUGUGUGUAUCGCUGGAAGGGCAAGGAGGAUGCAAAUGGCAUCUUUUACUUUAAUCCAGAGCUGGAUACUUUGGAAAUCCGAGGGAAAGCCUUUUCCAAUUUUGCGCAGGCUCUUUGGGUUCAUGAUGCUCGGCAUGUUGGCCUUGUGAAUCUUGCCUUGAACUGGGAGCACUCCAUCGUCAGGUCAAGGGUUGAUGCUUCUCUUCUUCCACAAGUACUAUCGCGGCUCAAGUGCGUUGUAUUCUUAUACCGUAGUGGACUUGAGCGUAUGUUCUUAGGGGAACCAAGGGCCACUGACCCCAUGGAUAAGGCUGAGGUUUAUCGUUCUCGCCCCAUCAUGCCAGCUACCCCUAAGUUUGAUCGUCUACCAUGCGAUCCAAGGUCACAUAUCAAAGCCUCUCUCAAGAAGAUAUAUCUGGAUUACUUUGAGCCGCGAAAGUUAAUCCAUGGCUGGUUUAGACUGAUGCUAAAGUGCAAGGUACAGCACAAUCACGAAGUUGACUACCGCUUUCUGGUGGCCUUUGGAGGCCGCCUUUACCAUCCCUCCGACGUGAAAAACAAGGUUGGCGUCGACAGAGGAUGGAUAGGGCGGGCUUGGAGACCACAGGGAUAUGAACUCAACCCAGAAAUAACCAACAGAGACGCCGCUAUCAAUUGGGUUCAAAGAAAAGACGAGGCAUGGAGAGAAACAGUGCGAAAGAUCCGUGAGGAAGAGGAAGAAGAGGAAGAAGAGUCCAUUGGGGGCAAUUUUCAAGAGCUUGAGCUGCCGCUUCGGCCAGCCAUAGGGUUCUGGCUUUUUCCAAUCGAGGCCCUUGGCCCUUUGCCUGACAUUGCCAAGAGAAUCCCUUCGCGUAGGGUUCCAGUGCCAGGUUGGAAAUCACACCGGAAGAUCGAUCUGUCAGGGUACAAGCCCCAGCUUUGUCUGUCAUAUCUCCCGUGA